CGGGCCGCGGGUAGAGCGCGCGAGAGGAGCGGCGCGGGGGCGCCCCCCUCGGCCGGGCGCUCGGGUUACAGCCCCGGCUCUCCGGCUUCCCCGCCCGCGCCUCGCCGGUUCACUCGCGCCGUGAGAGACAUUGUAACGGAACUGGGACGCCAGCGCUGCAUUGUGGGAGCUUUUAAAGCGGCGGGGAGCGCGGCGCAGCCGUUCGGGCCCACCGGGCCAAGCUCACCCCGGCGCCCCUAGCUCGGCCCCGCCGCCGCUGGCCCCACCACACACCCCCGACCGCCGAGGCCUGUGGACCAGAAAAGCCAGAAAUGGUGAGGUGACCAGUGCCUACUGACUCUCACAGGAGCAAAAUCUUCCAGAGCUCCGGGUGAGACUUGUAAAACUGCCCUCUGCGGUCCUGUCGGAAAGUAGGAGGCUUAUUCUGCAGACGCUUAAAAAAGAAAAAAACAAAACAAAACAAAACCUUCCAUCCUCCAAGGACUGGGUUUGAAUUGCUUUUCAUCUGGAGUGGCAGUGAUUCAGCGACCCCCUUCUCAGCGGCAGGCAGUGACAGAGACAGGAGAUGAAAAACACAGCGAAUGAAUCAGACCACAGCUGCUGCCUGGGACAACCCACAACAAACCUGGCUGUAGCUGCCCCAGGAGUCCAAGCCUGAAAGAAUGGUGAUUUUACCUUGAUAUUCUGCUGAAACUUCCUGGAACCUACGAGGUUAAAAUCUCAGAACAUCUAGAAAGAAAACAGCAUUUCAAGAGAUCAUAGAUAGCCUGGCCACUCAGAAGCAUCAUCCCAUCCAUUAGGAAGAGAACCCAAAUUAAGGAUUCCACCGAUUCCAAAAAAGCAACAGUCUGGAAAAGAAGUCAGUGCUUCAGAGGUGAUCUGAAUCCAGGAAGAAAUGCAAGACGCCUAUAAUAAAAAAACAGCAUAAGUGACCUGUGGACCUCCACUACUUAGAGGAGCUCCUCUCUGAAAAGCCCAACAAUAGAAUAUUCAUCAGAAGAACAGCAGUUGGAGCCCAGAGGGAGACAAUGGAAGGUUGGGACCAGGGGCCCAAGUUAGAGGGGAAGCUCCUUCAAUAUGGGUCAAACUGUGAAGACAUGUGGAGGAAAGCUGGGCAGAAUCUCAACAGCUGCCAACACAAAGCUGCCAAACCGUGAGCAAGAAAGAAAAGAGACUUUUCUUCUAGCCAAGAUGAAAGACAUGCAAGCCAGUCAGAAAACUUCAGUGGCCCUGCAGAGUGAAGUCCAUGAGCAGGAAGAUAAAAUGGAGAAUCAAGCACAAAGAGAAGACACACAUGAUGGUCGCCCAGUGACACAGCGAUCUUCAGUACAUUUUUUUCCUCAAACAGAUUCAGAUGCCACACUGCCUUUGUCACAGUCAUUAACCUAUGACACACCUCUCAGUUACUAUACGUCUGGCCCUCAGUUUAGUGGAAUAACUGUAUCAACAACUGGGCAGAACACUCCUAAAACUACUAUAGAGGGCCAUUCCCAAUCAGCAAACAGCUUGGGAGUCAACAGAUUCAUAAUGACAAAGAAACAGCCUCUGUCAGUCCUCGCUCCUGAGACAGCUGUAACUGGGGAAGGAGAAGAUUAUUUCCUAUCUUUGUUUGGUGAUUCAAAGAAAUUUGCUGCAUGCUCAUUCCAGGCAGAGAACACCCGGAAGCACUUUUCCAUGAUUCUUGAAGAAGUGGGCCAAUCUAGAUCCAGUGCUCUUGGAGACAUUAAAAUAGCUGAAGUAAAUGUGAAGGGUUUAUUCGUGAAGCUCAUUAACUCUUCCCUUGACAAAGAACUGGAGAUUGGAGGCCAUAUUCUCCAGCAAAAUGUGAAUGGACAAACAGUCUCUUUGUACCGCUUCCUUCCAAAUAUCAUAAUGCAGGCCAAUCGCACAGUAACAGUAUGGGCAGCUGCAUCUGAAGCAAAGCAUCAGCCACCAUCAGAUUUUCUUUGGAGAGAACAAAAAAUGUUUAAAACAAGCCCAGAUUGUACAACAAUUCUGUGCAAACCUAAUGGUGAAGCUGUCGCCUGGUACACUCCUAUUCACUGGAAACAAGUGUGGGAGAAAUUAGAGACUGACAUUGAAUUUGACAGAUGCUCAAUAGUAAGUCCAACGUCUCGAAGACACAUAUUUCAUUGGCCAACAGCUAUAUCUACAACUAAAGAAAAACAAGACAAGUCUAAUAAGGAUACCUCAAAAAAUCAGAUGGAACAAGUUAGAGUUUUUCUUAAAAGAGAAAAAGAAAACCCACCAACCCUUUUUCCUAAUAGCAGUCCUUGGUGCCACAGUCCCAAUGUCCCUGCACAUCCCUACUGUCCUCUGAUUGAACCUCACAAUACCAGCAUGGCUGGAAGCAGCUUAGAUAGACAGCCUAGGCCUCAGUCAUCUGGGUCUGAUCCAGCCCAGAAGCACAGUUCCUCCCAUACCUUCAGAGAUCAGCACAACUUCUGUCAAAAGGCUGUCAAGAUAUCCUACCCUAUCAUAAGAGAAAUCUGAUGACAGAUACUGAAAUAAUAAAUUUUCAUCUCAUUAUAAGUCCCAUUAAUAUUCCCAUUCCACAGCUAAAAAAGGACCACGAAAAAUAAGACAUCUGAGUUACAAAAGCAAUAGGCAACGAACUUAAAGGACAAUAAUAUUCAAAUCUAGAGAAUACAAGGAUACCCAACAUGUCACCGCCAGCCUUUCACAAGGGAGAAGAAGCCAGCAGCAAGCAAGAAAUGGUUUAUUUUAGAAAAGAUAAUUCCUCAGGACUUUACGGUAACCAUUUCUUAAAGAAGGAGAUAAAGUUUGUGAUCAAGUUAAACCAUUUGUUUUCUAGGCUGUAAAGAAAAACAUUGGUCAAAAGCAAAAGCAUCCCAGUUUUCACUUUAUGCAUAUAAUGUUCCCCAAUAACUAAUUUCAGUCUUUUAUAACCUGCCCAGCUCUUAGGUCUACCAUUUCUGCCAUUUCUGCAGGUGUAUUUUCUAAAAGCAUGUUUCAGAAAUUCUGAAUCUGUGGUCUGAUUCUUUACACUUGGAAUCUGUUCUGCAUCAUUAAAGCACAGAUUAAUUUAGCUUCCUAAUGACUGGAAGUAAUAGGUGAUGUUUCUAUGGAGUAACUAGUUGGGUGUUUUUAAACCCGCCUGCACUUACCCCAAAUAAUCAAAGAUAGUGUCUUUUAGGUACAGUACUAAGUCCCAAAUCUCAUGUAUAUGAAAUAUCAAGAAUGUUUCAAUUAAAUAAUCUGAUUGAGCUAC